AGAUUUUAAUUAAUUAAUAGCUUUUUUCCCCCAAAUUUCAUUAUCUUCUUAGAACUCCCUUCUUCACAUUUCGGAGAGGACUCAACUGUCAGACAUGUCAUCUCCGUCUUCCUUUUCAUCCUCCUCUUCCGGGUUGAAGCAGAUGCCUCAUUCCUGAAGGCAACGUAGAUGUAAUUUGAGACUGGUAUCUCAUUCUUAUAGAAGAUGGUCUUUCACACUGUAAAACCAAUUACAUGCAAGUGUAGCGCAGGCGUUAAUCCUGCAGGAAAAGAUGGCUUUUGCGGCUUCCAAUCUCAUAAGUCUUCAUAGAUUCUCGCCAUGCAUCCAUGCUCAUCAAUCCCGGCAACUUUCUAAAGGCUUUGUGAAAUUGCACGAUCGAAGCCGCAUAUUUCGAAGCAUAGCUUGUCAAACAAGCCCUGAUCCCGUUGAUCCUACUGGAUCCUCUACUGCGGAAAAGCAGCCUGUGGAUCCUAUUUCAGUCAAUGGCAAUGAUAAACAAGCUACAGGUUCCUCCACAAGCACUGAAUUCCCUGAAUUUCCAGACAAAAUUGUCAAUAAGCAGAUAGCGGUGGCUUCUGUUCUUGUAGCAGUUGGAUUAUUCCUAUCAACACGACUAGAUUUAGGUAUUUCUUUGAAGGAUCUGUCUGCCACUGCACUGCCUUAUGAAGAGGCUCUUUCAAAUGGGAAGCCCACUGUUGUGGAGUUUUAUGCAGAUUGGUGUGAAGUAUGUCGUGAAUUAGCUCCAGAUGUGUACAGAAUCGAGGAGCAGUACAAGGACCGUGUGAAUUUCGUUAUGAUGAAUGUUGACAACACAAAGUGGGAGCAAGAGCUUGAUGAAUUUGGUGUUGAGGGUAUCCCUCAUUUUGCAUUUCUGGACAUGGAAGGAAAUGAGGAGGGUAAUGUAGUGGGUAGGUUUCCGAGGCAGUAUUUCCUUGAGAAUGUUGAUGCCCUUGCCCGUGGGGAAGCUUCCAUACCACAUGCUCGUGUUGUGGGACAGUAUUCAAGUGCUGAAGCCAGGAAGGUUCAUCAGGUUGUUGAUCCAAGAAGUCAUGGUUAGACACCUUUGAGAAACAUGCCCAUCAAAUUGUCACUGUUAGUACAAAAACCAGGCACUCCAUUCCCCUCAUUCUUGUUACCAUACUCUAUAUUUAAAUGGAAAAGAGGUCAGAUAAGUGCAGAAGAUGUCAUUUUGGAAUUUACUGGGCGGUUGCUUUCAUUUUGAAGCAGCAUUCAAAUGUAAGCUGCGUUUGACUAGUUACUCCAAAGGCAUGGAAUUGUUAAUAUUUUUAUGCCUAGACUCUUCCUUAUUUACUAGCUCCUCACAAACACUUCACAUUUGCAUGCAUUCUCUUAUGAUGAAAAGUUGAAUAAUAAAAAUAUCAGAAACUCUAAGCUA